UUCAAAUGGCGCGGGAAUGCAAGUUUCCCACAUCACCUGAUUACAUCCGAAAUGCAAGUUUCUAGAUUGGCAAAUCUGCUGCAAAAUUUCGUCACUGCUGAUCAAGCCAAGCAAAUCCACUGCCAAAUAGUAGUCAACAAUCUUCAUCAUCUCGAGCCGCUCUUAGUCCGUCAAAUUUUGAAAUGCGCCGCCCAUUAUUCUGCACGAACCACCCACUACGUCAGAUUGAUCCUCCGCCGUAUGCGAAACCGCGACGCCUUCUCCGCGUCGUGCACGAUCCGUUAUCUCUCUCAACACGGCCAGUUUCGAGAUGCUCUUGCUCUGUAUUUGGAAUCGCACGCUUCGGGGAUUUUUCCGAAUUCAUUUGCUGUAUCCUCAGCGCUUAAGUCUUGCACCAGGGUUCUUUAUGAAACGGGCGGAUUGAUGAUUCACGCGCAAGCGCAGAAGUUGGGUUUUUGUGAGGCUGUAUUCGUGCAAACGGCGCUUUUGGCUUUCUACUCGAAAAUGGGGGAUAUGGUGGUUGCGCGUAAGGUGUUCGAUGAAAUUCGUGAGAGAAAUGUGGUUUCUUGGAACUCUUUGUUGGGGGGAUACGUGAAGUGCGGAGAUUUGGCCAUGGCGCAGAGCGUAUUCGAUGAAAUGCCUGAGAAAGAUGUCGUGUCAUGGAAUUCGAUGGUCUCAGGGUACGCGAGGGGUAAGGAUAUGGAGCAGGCUUACGAACUAUUUCAUCGAAUGCCAGAGAGGAGUUCUGCUUCCUGGAAUGCCAUGGUUACCGGAUACAUAGAAUGUGGGAAGAUGGAGCUAGCACGGAGCUUUUUUGAUGCAAUGCCAGAGAGGAACAGCGUUUCGUAUAUCACGAUGAUUUCUGCCUAUUCAGCGUGUGGGAACGUAGAGUGUGCGAAGGAGCUCUAUGACCAGAAUGUUGAGAAAGAUCUGCUUCUAUAUAAUGCCAUGAUCUCGUGCUAUGCUCAGAAUAACAGGGCGAAAGAGGCAUUGCAGUUGUUGGAUGAGCUGCUGAAGCCAAGUGCGAGAUUCCAGCCUGAUAAAAUUACAUUGUCUAGUGCCAUCUCCGCGUGUUCGCAGCUAGGAGACUCGGAAUAUGGGGCUUGGAUUGAAGCGUACAUGAGAGAAAUGGGGAUCAGAAUGGAUGAUCACUUGACCACCUCUUUUAUCGACUUGUACGCUAAGUGUGGAAACAUUGAUAAAGCUCAUGAGCUGUUCAAUGGCCUGCAGAAGAGGGAUUUAGUAGCUUACACUGCGAUGAUUUUAGGCUAUGGUAUAAACGGUAGGGCAAAGGAGGCCAUCGAUUUAUUCGAUGAGAUGAUUGAUAGUGGCAUUGUUCCAAACAUGGUUACUUUUACUGGAAUACUGACGGCUUACAGCCAUGUUGGUUUGGUGGAAGAAGGCUACCAUUGUUUCAUAUCAAUGCAGAGACAUGGGCUUGUCCCGACACAGGAUCACUACUCAAUAAUGGUUGAUCUUUUAGGUAAGGCUGGACGGCUUAAAGAUGCUUAUGAGUUGAUCAAGAGCAUGCCUACUAGGCCACAUGCUGGAGUGUGGGGCGCGUUGCUGCUUGCUUGCAGCCUGCACAGUAAUGUGGAGCUUGCGGAGAUUGCUGCCAGUAAUUGUUUCGAGCUAGAGCCUGAUAGUGGCGGCUAUCAUUCUCUUCUUGCCGGUAUUUAUGCCUCUGCAGGGAGGUGGGAAGAUGCUGAUAGAUUAAGGAGAGCAGUUGGAGAGAAGGGUCUUGUGAAGAUAGCGGGAUCGAGCUGGAUGAACUGAAGGAGAUGCUCUUUCUUGACAUUCUCAGAAUCUUGAUACUGUUAACUUUCUCUAUCUGUGGUUCUUGGUUGGUUAUUUUAUGGCUGAAGAAAGAGAGGCUUGCAUUCUGAAUCGCCAGCAACAAUGCUCUUGAGAGUGCAGUUACAAUUUUGCUCUAUGUGCUUGGAUUUUUCGGUGUUUAUCCGACAUCUUCAACUUAAUUAUAAUGCUUGGAGAAAAAAGGAAACAGAGAGCUGAUGUAAAGGAUAGUAGAAUUGUGAAAGAUUUAUGCUUCAAAAGGGAAAAGAAUAAAGAUAUGUGAAAUAUUGUUAUUUCUAGUUAA